AUGCUGUCUAAUUUAUUCACUGCCACUACUACUGUGUCUGUAUUUUCUGUGGUGGCAGCAGCUCAGAACUUGGGCGUGUGGACUCCUGCUGGCUCAGCAGGAGUUGUCUGUAUUCACACGCUGCAAAUACCUGGCAACAAGCUGGUUUGCAAUGAACGUCCCCACUCAAAGUACCCAACCAAUCCACUUACAAAUGGUAUGAUCUCUACCGAAAUAGACCUGCUAAAUGGUGCCUCUAUUUCAUCUUUUACUCAAUGGACUUCAAAAUUUACUCCUCUCCAAAUGGAUACGAGUGCAUUCUGUGGUGGUCAUGCUCAGAUGUCUAAUGGCGCAAUCUUUCAGGUUGGCGGUGAUUAUACAGGCGUUCUGAGUGAUGGCACAUCUAAUAUCUAUCCAGAUGGUCGUAGAGGUCGUCGUAUAUACAAUCCGUGUCCUGCUGAUGCUCAGAAUUGCGUUGGAAGUUGGACAUCAUUAUCAGAUAUGACUACCGAGCGUUGGUAUCCUUCAGUGGCAACUCUUGCCGAUGGUUCUCAAAUAAUUAUUGGCGGAAGUACUUCAAACUUGGAUUAUAGUCGUCUCAAUGCAUCUGAAAACAACCCUACGUACGAAUAUUACCCGUCAAAAGCUGGUCAAUGGCCACGUACUCUGCCAAUUCUUGCAUGGGCCUUUCCAUUUAUGCUUUAUCCAAUGGUAUUCACCAUGCCUUCUGAGCGAGUCUUUCUGUUCGUGUCUAACAAGACAGUCAUUAUUGAUCCAAAAACGGAUGAGCUCUCAUACACUGUUCCAGAUAUGCCAGUUUUGGACCAUCUGCCUUGGAUUUAUCCAUAUGCACCUACAAUGACUGUGCUUCCCAUGACCAUCAAAAACAACUGGGAGUUUAAAAUUCAAAUAUGUGGUGGCUCCAAAGCUUCUAAUACCGACGCAUCCCCUAUGUGCUGGCAAAUUAAUCCUGAAAAUGCUAAUCCCACUUGGAAAAAAGUAGAUGAUCUUCCUAAUCCCCGUGUCAUGAUAGACUCGAUUAUUCUUCCAGAUGGAAAGAUUUUGUAUGUAAAUGGUGCAGGUGGUGGUGUAUCUGGUGGUGAUGCUGGAAUUGUCCAGGACGCAUACAAUCCUGUCAUGACACCCAACUUAUUUGAUCCUGAAGCACCUGCAGGAAAACAGUUUAGUGUGAUGGCGCCUGCUACCAAUUACCGUCUAUAUCACUCUGGAGUGAUAUUAGUAGAGUCAGGACACGUUAUUACUACCGGAUCAGAAAUGGACAACUAUGACGAUUACUGGAAGUACAACAAGACCAACUGUCCACCUUACCCUAUUCUUUAUUCUGCGCAAAAUAACUGUACUCAGCCAUUCAACUACAAUCUUGAAAGAUAUGCACCGCCCUACCUACAAAUUGCAGAAAAGUCUGGUCGUCCAGUCAUUUCAAGUGCACCAGCGAGCAUCACCCAUAAAUCUACAUUUGCUGUUCAAAUAUCGUCUACUGUUAGCGAUAUUUCGCGUGUAACAUUCAUUCGAUACUCGACGACUACACAUCAAACCAACACAGAUCAGAGAUUUAUUGAGCUCAGGAUACUAUACAAUACAUCCAACUCGAUCAUUGUCGAAGCGCCAAGCGGGCCAGGUAUAGCACCACCAGGAAAUUGGAUGCUGUUUGUGCUGGAUAAGAAUGGUAUACCAUCUGUUGCCAAAACCAUUAAUCUGCAACUUGGUGCUCCAGUCACUGCCAGUGUUCCUACAGGUGCUACCACCUUUUCCCCUGCUGUUGGAACUACCUCGACUUCAAAAAAUAAUGUAUUGGGUCAAAAACAGAGCUUGGGAGGUGUGAUAAUGACCAUCACUUUUGGCGUUGCUGUAGCUUUGGCUUUAUUUAUAGGUAGUCUUUGAAGGACGCUUUACAGCCUCUAUCCAUUCAACUCCUACAUAACUGCUUAGAUGAUCAUUCAUAUUUCGAGCAAAUGGGUUUUCUAGGAGUUUUAUUGCAGCUUGUGUUAUCAUGAACUUCAACAUCAUUAUUGGUUGAAUACACAAGUCUAAACUAUAAACAUAUUAAAUAUUUUUGCAGC